CUCAAAUUAUCCAUUCAUUCAUCAAAUAUUUUUUGACCAAGAGAGAGUUGCUACUUGCCCUUCCCUUGAUCAGACUCACAGCUACAUCCCUAGCGUCACAUUUUAGGGAAAUCUACAUGCAGCUUCUUCAGUAAUAACUACCAGCCAGACACACCUGAGGGUCUAAAGCAGUACUUAUUCCUCUUCCAUCUGUCCUUCAUGCCAAAGACAUCAAGCCUCAACCUGUGUCAUGGAGUCAAUAAUUAUAGGGGCUCUGGGAUCAGAUAGUCUUGGGUUCAAAUAUGGGUUCUCCCACUUCCUGGAGGAAAGGUGGUGCCUUGUGGACAAAAAACUGGACCCAGAACAGAUAUAAAAACAGAGGCCCUGGGGAGAGAAGCCACCAUCAGGGAAAGACUCACUCCCAGUGACUACAGAGAAGACAGCGCUGUCCCCUGCCGAGAUGAAGCUGCUGUUGCUGUGUCCGGGGAUGACUCUAGUCUGUGCCCACAAGGAAGGAAACCCUGGUGUUGUGAGAAGCAACUUCAGUAUUUCAAAGAUUUCAGGGGAGUGAGAUUCCAUUCUCUUGGCCUCAGACACCGAAGAAAAGAUAGAAGAAAAUGGUAGCAUGAGAGUUUUUGUGGAGCACAUCCAUGCCUUGGAAAAAUUUUCUUUGUUCUUUAAAUUUCAUACAAAGGUAAGUGGAGCAUGUACUGAAAUGUCUUUGCUUUCUGACAAAGCAGGAGAGGAUGGUGUACAUAGUGUUACCUACGAUGAAGACCAUAAAUUUCGCAUACUUCAAACGAACUAUACUGAAUAUAUUAUGUUUUAUCUCAUGAAUGUCAACAACAAUGAAUCAUUCCAACUGCUGGAGCUCUACGAUCACUGUCUCCAGGCCCGAGGGAGUGGAGUGGCCCAGGCCUCCAGUUCAAUCCGAGAAGCACCUAAUGAGUCUCGGUGUUCUUGCUCUCGUCGGCUUAUUUAGCACUGGGUGAGUGCCACCUCACUUGGGCUCCAGGAUCUUCUCUUCCACGGUCCCCACAUCAUCUUGCGACAAGUUCUGUGACCUGAUUUCCAUCACUAUCGCACGUGAAGGCAUCAACUCUGCAUCUUCAGGAUCUCCCCUAAUUAUCUAGGAAGACUCACCAGCUCACCACAAAUCAAAGUUUCCUGCAAAUUUCUAACUCUCUUUGCCAUAUUCAGCACAACAGUACCAUGAAUAAG